GACCAAAUGAGGUGAGUGAGGUGUCCUUGGAUAGCCUUUGAAGUCUAUUAUCUCAAUUGAGUGGUCUUUGUUCGAGGAGAGAAGGCUUAUCUUACAAAAAUCGAGCUGGAACGAGCAGAGGUCUGUGAACUCGAGCUGUGAGAGUGCUGGGACUGUUUGGUCGAUAUCUCGAGUUUUACAAAUCCAAUUAAGGCGUGUGAGAUACCCACAGAAAGCUCUCAAGACGAGGAAUCCGUGAAGGUCUGGUUUGCAGGAAUCGGAGUUGUGGAAGGCUUCCAAAUCGUCCGAGAAAAACGCAACCUCGCAGGAGAGGAUUUAAUCCUCUAAAGUGAGUUUUAAACCCCAAAGCUUUACUUUUCAUUCUCCAAAUGAUAUGAACGAUUGGUGAGACUAUUAUACACUAAUCCAAGUGUAUAAUAUGUCCUUAUAAAGUUAUUUUAUUGAUGUAAAGGUUAGAUACUAACCUAGAUGCAAAUCUUGGAAAACUAGGAAACGAGUUAGCCGGAAAACACCCAUUCUAGGGGCUGUUUUCGUACCAACGUUUAGGGGUUGAGCUAGCACCUUGAAGAGGCUGUUUAACACUCAUAUUUGAGCAAGGAAUCAGUUCCAAAUCCACCUUGACCGAAGCUUUAACCAUUGAACCAAGAAGGGAAAGUUUAAAGCUCAAUUGAGGUUGAGGCUAGAGCUUGCUUCCUGUGCUCGUUGCUCGAGAGAUCAUCUAGGAGCGAAGACUUGAAAUGGACCGUGGUGGCAGGAUUACUAGGAGAAACCCGACGGGCCGUGUACCAGUGGAGACUGGACAGGGCAGUCGAAGGACCUCUAGGGCAUCUAGAGGAGCUGGCCGUGGAGGCCGAUCACAGACCGUGAGUGACGGUCAUGUUGACACAGAAAGUGAAACCUACUGGUCCUAUGAGGACUCGACUUACCAACCGGAGACCGAGCCGGUUGAGACCCCUUACGAAGGGGAUGACGAUGAUGUAAGUGAUGAAGAGGGGGAGAAUGACUCCCUAGCAAGAAUUGAGGCGCUGCUCCAACAAUAUCAACGGGAGCGCGAGGAAAGGAGGCAACGCCGAAGACGGCGAGCGGGGCAACCUUCGGGCAUGGCUUCGAGAGGAGGAAGUCAUGGUGCAUCUAGAGUCCAUGUGGAACCACAUGGAGGCCAAAAUGAUGGAGGUCCAACCAUAAGGAUCUCCAAAUUUAUCAAAGAAGCAAGAGAUUUGGGGUGCAAACCCUUUGAUGGAGCAGGGGACAUUUCAGUUGCAGCACAAUGGAUUAAGAGGCUAAAUGAAGCAGCCCUUGACAUGCAAAUCGCGCCAAAUCUCAAACUGAGAAUUGCGGUAAGAUUGCUCGAGGGGAUGGCAUCCAAGUGGUGGGAUGGAACCAAGAGCAAGUACGGUGAGACCGUCGUUUGGGAGGACUUCCAACGGGAGUUCUUUGCCCAAUAUUAUUCUGAUUUUGAGGUGAACAAGAAGGUGAGGGAAUACACCCUCCUGACCCAAGGAGGUAACAUGACAGUGAAGGAACUUGAGUACAAGUUCCGGGAUCUCGCCGACUACAUACCGGAGUAUGCUUGUGACGAGAACCGAAUGGUAAACCACUUUUGGGAUGCCCUUGACUUGGAGAUACGUGAUAGGGCAACACAAUUGCCUAAUAUGACCUUCGCCCAAGUGGUUGACCAAGCGUUGAAGGGGGAGAAACAGUGGGAGGAGAGGAAGAAGAGAGACGCCGAUGAGGCGAAAAAGAGAAAAUGGGAGAGUCAUGGCUCCCAAGGUUCCAACAAAAAGGGGAACCAUGGAGGAGGAUCUUUCCGGGCACCGCCGCCACCGUCUAGGGGGAAUCAAGGCCCGAGUGGGCAAGGCUCGAGGUCACAAACCUCGGUGGUAACUCGUUGCAACAAUUGCAAGAGGAACCACUCCGGUAAAUGUCGCGACCCCCCUAGAUGUUUUCAAUGUGGGGAUGCCGGGCAUUUGAAGGCGCAUUGCCCACAAUUGGGUGGGACAAGGACAUCGGGAACCGAGCAGUGGCCCGACGGGUACACGGAAUCAAACCGGAGCUUCUCAAGCGAGCCGGGGACAUGGGGGAGCGAGUGCGAGCAACGCGCCAUCCGUGAAUCAAGGAAGAACUCAAGCUAGAGUUUAUGCGAUGACGGAGGCGGAUGCUCGAGCUAACCCGGACUCGGUUGCAGGUAUUGCCUCUUGCACAAUUGUAUUUUGUCCAUAGUUAAUCCAUAAAUUGAUGACAUAAGUCAUAGGGAUUGAGUGCGAGCCAUUACGGGGUCAAACGGCGAAAUUCGGGCCAGAACUGACCAAAAAACAGGGACGCACGAUCGUGCGUCCAACCCCACGCACGAUCGUGCGUAGGGGGCAGUGGUUCCGGGUGAUGUUCGCGCAGGACGCACGACCGUGCGUGCCGGUACGCACGCCGUGCGUGGACGCACGAUCGUGCGUGUCCGGGUACGCACGACCGUGCGUAACCGGCAGUAGCCGGAAGCGAAUUCUUCCAUGCACGCACGACCGUGCGUGUCCCACGCACGACCGUGCGUGGACCCCAGCCGCCCGAAACCUACGUUUUUCAUCUCGUUCUUCUACGAUUGGACCCCCGUUUGAUUCCGAACAUUUAUAUGAACCUAUUAACCUCCUAAAAAGUGUCCUAAACCAUUAGGAAAUGUAUCUUACAUGGUGUGUAAAUGUAGGAACAUUAAAGAUUAAUGGGAAGGAUGCACGAAUCCUUAUCGAUACCGGAGCGCAACGUUCGUUCGUGAGUGAGGCGUUCGCCGAGGACUUAGGGGUACAAUCAAUACCAAUGACGCACACAUUAGUGGUAUCGACACCACUAGGGGAUGACGUCGAAAGUACUAGUUGUUAUCCAUCUUGUGAGGUGGAAAUUGAUGGCCAAACCUUGACGUGUGAUUUCGUACCGCUGAGUAUGAUGGAGUUCGAUGCAAUCCUAGGGAUGGAUUGGCUAGAAAAGCAUCAUGCUAGGGUAGAUUGCUACACAAAGGUUUUGGAACUCGAAGGCAAUAAUGGGGACACCCUACGCUUCGAGGGGGAUCGAGGUAAAUCAAACAGCUGUAUUAUCUCCGCCGUGAGAGCGAGAAGUAUGAUGAGAAAGGGAUGCCACGCAUACCUAGCAUACGUGGUUGACAAAACCAAGGAGGAAACGAACAUUGACGACGUGAGGGUGGUUUGUAAGUACCCGGAUGUCUUCCCUAAAGACCUACCGGGGCUUCCACCUGAUAGGGAGAUUGAAUUUGUGAUCGAGGUCGAGCCUGGUACCAAACCGAUCUCCAUACCGCCAUACCGUAUGGCACCCGCUGAACUUAACGAGUUGAAAACCCAAUUGCAAGAGCUUUUGGAUAAUGGUUUCAUUAGACCAAGCCACUCCCCGUGGGGAGCACCGGUUCUUUUUGUGAAAAAGAAAGACGGGACACUUCGAAUGUGCAUUGACUAUCGUCAGCUGAACAAGGUCACAAUCAAGAAUAGGUAUCCGUUGCCUAGGAUUGAUGACUUGUUUGAUCAACUACGAGGAGCAACCGUGUUCUCGAAGAUUGACUUGAGGUCGGGGUACCAUCAAUUGAAGAUUAAGGAAGAUGACAUACCAAAGAGUGCUUUCCGCACAAGGUAUGGGCAUUUUGAAUUCCUUGUUAUGUCGUUUGGGCUAACAAACGCCCCGGCGGCAUUCAUGGACUUGAUGAACCGAGUAUUUCAUAAAUACUUGGACCGAUUCGUGAUUGUGUUCAUAGAUGACAUCUUGAUUUACUCAAAGAGUGAAGAAGAGCAUGAAGAGCACUUGAUACUUGUUCUUGAGACACUACGGGAGAAGCAACUUUAUGCCAAAUUUUCUAAAUGUGAAUUUUGGCUAAAGGAAAUCGGCUUUCUCGGGCACGUGGUUUCGGGAUCGGGAAUUGCUGUUGAUAACAAGAAGAUAGAAGCCAUUACUGAAUGGGAGAGGCCAAAGAACGUCAAGGAAAUUCGUAGUUUCCUUGGAUUGGCAGGCUACUACAGAAAGUUCGUGGAGAAGUUCUCUGUUUUGGCAUCGCCAUUGACGAAGCUCACCCGUAAAGGAGCUAAGUUUGUAUGGGAUGACAAAUGUGAGAAAGGGUUCAUGGAACUAAAGAAGAGAUUGACUGAGGCACCGGUACUUGCAUUACCCAAACAAGGUGUGGGGUACGAUGUCUAUAGCGACGCGAGCAUCCAAGGGCUUGGAUGUGUACUGAUGCAGAAUGGGAGGGUAAUUGCCUAUGCUUCACGACAAUUGAAGAAGCAUGAGGUGAAUUAUCCUACUCAUGAUUUGGAGCUGGGGGCAGUGGUGUUUGCACUAAAGAUAUGGAGACAUUAUCUCUACGGGGAGACAUGUCACAUAUACACUGAUCACAAGAGCUUGAAGUACGUGUUUACUCAGAAAGAGCUAAACAUGAGACAGAGACGGUGGAUGGAGUUGAUAAAAGACUACCAUCUAGUGAUAGAGUAUCACCCCGGCAAGGCAAACGUGGUGGCAGAUGCUUUGAGCCGGAAGAGCUCGUCUGGGGCAUUGCUAGCUAAUUUGAGGGCAUUAAGGGCCCAACUGGAGGUAUCUAGCGAUGGUGCCUUAUUGGCACGAUUUGAGGUGAGACCUACUUUACUUGACGAGAUCAAGAAGGGUCAGGAAACUGACGAAGAAAUUAUGAAGAUCCGGGAACGCAUGCAAGCGGGACCGGUGGAGGAUUUCAGGGAAAGAGAUGAUGGUCUCUUAUUAUUUCGUGACCGAGUGUGUGUACCGGCAGAUGACGAGCUCCGAAAGUCCAUCUUAGAGGAAGCUCAUUCAUCGGCCUAUGCCAUGCACCCGGGGGGCACGAAGAUGUACCGUGACCUGAAGGAGAGUUACUGGUGGUCAGGUAUGAAGAGAGAAAUAGCCGAAUAUAUCAGUCGAUGCCUUACUUGCCAACAAGUUAAGGCAGAACAUCAGCAUCCAGCAGGCUUGUUACAACCACUUUCCAUUCCUGAAUGGAAGUGGGAACAUGUGACAAUGGAUUUCGUGGUAGGUUUACCACGGACAAUUCGGAACUAUGAUGCAGUUUGGGUUGUUGUGGAUAGGCUCACGAAGAGUGCACACUUCUUGCCUAUCAACACUACCUACCCACUUGAGAGGUUAGCCAAAUUGUAUACGGAUGAGAUCGUGAGGCUGCAUGGGGUCCCAGUGACCAUUGUAUCUGAUAGAGACCCACGAUUCACAUCACGUUUUUGGCCGAAAUUUCAGGAGUCUAUGGGAACGAGGCUGAAGUUCAGUACUGCUUUCCACCCACAGACGGGUGGGCAGUCUGAAAGAGUCAUACAGAUCUUAGAAGACAUGCUGAGGGCUUGUGCAUUGGAGUUUCAAGGAAGUUGGGACAACCACUUAGCACUCGUGGAGUUUGCCUAUAACAACAGUUAUCAGGCAAGCAUCGGCAUGCCUCCAUACGAGGCAUUGUAUGGGAGGAGGUGCCGUACACCGUUAUGCUGGGAUGAGGUUGGCAUGGCCAAACUCGAGGGUACUGAGUUGGUUGAGGUCACCAAGUCAAAGGUGAAGUUGAUUCGAGAGAGACUCAAGGCGGCUCAGGAUAGGCAAAAGAGUUAUGCAGAUAAGCGACGAAGAACCUUAGAGUUUAAGGUUGAUGACGAGGUAUUCUUGAAAGUUUCUCCUUGGAAAGGGAUCAUUCGGUUCCAAACCCGAGGAAAACUUAACCCACGAUAUAUAGGUCCAUUCAGAAUUAUAGAGAGGAUUGGGGCCGUUGCAUAUCGUCUACAGUUGACUCCUGAGUUAGAGAAGAUACAUAAUGUGUUUCAUGUAUCCAUGCUUAAGAAGUAUGUGCAUGAUCCCUCUCACGUACUGGAGAAGCCACCGGUAGAGGUGCGUGAGGAUUUGAACUACGCUGUUCAACCUAUCAAGGUCACCGAUAGAAAGGUGAAGAAGCUGAGGAGCAAAGAAGUCCCAAUGGUUAAAGUCCUGUGGAAGAGCGAUCGGGUCGAGGAAGAGACAUGGGAAACAGAGGCUUUGAUGAGGAAGCAGUAUGCUUUCCUAUUCGAGUAGAGCUGUGAAUUUCGGGGACGAAAUUCCUGUUAAGGGGGGGUGAACUUGUGACACCGCACCCGAACGUCCUUGAAAAUUCGAUUUAAAAAUUCAAAAGUGAUGUAUUGAAUUUCCGAUUUCAAAACAAUGGGAGAAACGAUUAAUAUUUUACGAAGUACAUGAUUGAAUAUUGUAUUGUUCAAACCCGCAUUCUUUUGUAAUUUUCAUCAUGUAAAUUAUUGGGAUGAGCCUACACAUAUUGGAGAUCAAUAAUGUGACUUUGGAAGUUGACUUGUUCUAAAUAAAUUAGGAUGAGUACAAAAAGACAUCUUUUGACAAAGAUAAAACAAUAGGGUCCAUCUUUUCAUUUUUUUGGAAGUAUUGAUAGAUAUUUUGGACCCCAAAUCUAUUGGGAUCAAUAGGGGUGCGUCCCAUACACAUUGACACCUGCAAGACAAAAGAAAAUAAGUGUUAGGAGUAGGGAUGGACGGAUAAAAAUGAAGGGGAGCUGCACAAGACAUGAAGGACAUCCAAGAGGGGCCACCUAGUCCAUUUUCGCACAAAAAGAUGGUGCUGGUUGUCUCCCUCCAUGUGUGAUGUUAUACUUGACCAAAUGAGGUGAGUGAGGUGUCCUUGGAUAGCCUUUGAAGUCUAUUAUCUCAAUUGAGUGGUCUUUGUUCGAGGAGAGAAGGCUUAUCUUACAAAAAUCGAGCUGGAACGAGCAGAGGUCUGUGAACUCGAGCUGUGAGAGUGCUGGGACUGUUUGGUCGAUAUCUCGAGUUUUACAAAUCCAAUUAAGGCGUGUGAGAUACCCACAGAAAGCUCUCAAGACGAGGAAUCCGUGAAGGUCUGGUUUGCAGGAAUCGGAGUUGUGGAAGGCUUCCAAAUCGUCCGAGAAAAACGCAACCUCGCAGGAGAGGAUUUAAUCCUCUAAAGAAACGAGUUAGCCGGAAAACACCCAUUCUAGGGGCUGUUUUCGUACCAACGUUUAGGGGUUGAGCUAGCACCUUGAAGAGGCUGUUUAACACUCAUAUUUGAGCAAGGAAUCAGUUCCAAAUCCACCUUGACCGAAGCUUUAACCAUUGAACCAAGAAGGGAAAGUUUAAAGCUCAAUUGAGGUUGAGGCUAGAGCUUGCUUCCUGUGCUCGUUGCUCGAGAGAUCAUCUAGGAGCGAAGACUUGGUUCGUGCUUCCUCCAUUCGGAUUUUAAACAUUAAUAAACAUGCUCAUGGAUAUUUUAAUAUAGAGCCUGCGUGCUCAUGAAUAGCCCUGUGUGGCCCUUUUGUUUUAAACAAUGUUUUCCGCUGCUUUAUGAAUUACUUAUUAUGUUGUUUAUGGAUGACUUGUGUGUGAAUGAUAUUCAUGACGCCUUGUAUAAUAUGAAUGUGUUGGACUGCGGUUGACUAUUCGUAUAGUACGGCGGGUUGUCGACGUGUCCGGGGAGGUCCGGGGCGUGACAGCAACGGUUCACCUCGUUGAUUUUAUUUUUCCGUUACACAUCAAUUGGUCCGACCUGCCAGAUCUCGUCCCGCCGGAAUGACGAGAUCAAACACUGAUCGUAUAACGGAGAUAGAAGCUGAGCAAGCCCUAAUGAAUGAGAAACUCGACGCGCAUGAACGGAAGCUGGAUGCGCAGGCCAUUCAACUGUCAGAGAUUACAGCGUCACUCGCUACACUCGCAAGGGCCAUGACACUGUUGGAAGAAGAGUCGGCGUCAGUCGGCGAUGCCGCAUCUGCACACACGGUCGACAGAGGGUUGCGCAGCAUAACAACCACUUUGCUGCCCUCGUUUGACGGAGAAGAUCCCAUUGAAUGGGUGGCCAGAGCUGAGCAAUAGUUUGACAUCCAUCAAACUCUACCUGGAAGCAAAGUGGCAGCAGCUACGGUAGCCAUGAAAGGGGCUGCCCUGUACUGGUUGACCUGGUUGAAGGCACUGAAACCGGGCCUGACUUGGGAGGAAUUCACAGAUGCACUGGUGGCCCAUUUUGAUUCACGGUUCAAGGGCAACCGAUUUGAAUGGCUGUCUGGGGCCAAACAGUUGGGAACCAUAGAAGAAUACAAUAACCUUUUUGUCACUACUACAUUUUAAGGUCUAGUGUAACAUUAAAAUCGUAACAUUUGUUUAAAGUGUUACAAUAAAUAAGCCUAUUGUAAUACUUUUGAAUGUAUCGUUACAUUAGGUAUUAGCAUAUGUAACACUUCUAUUGUGUUAGGUGGAGUGUUACAUUUCUUUCAUAACUGUUACCUUUUACCGAACUAAUGUAACACUAUGAAUAUCUAGAAAAAAGAGUGCCAAAAACUAAAGGCCAAAGUUGCGGGCGAUUAAUUAAAAAGCCCUAAGGACACCAAAAUUCUUCACCGCCUAUCUGCGUUCUGCAAAACACUCCCCUUCACACUGCCUAUAUCAGCUAGCCGGAGACGGACGACUUGGAGCUGGAGGUGUUACGGAUCGCGAUGCACUCUUCUCGGGCUCACUAUUCAUCUGCUUCUUCCACAUUUAAUUUCACUAUCUAAGCCAGGAUCUUUGUAGAUUAUGUAUGGGUUAAUCAAGAAUAAAAGAUGAUAAGAACAAGCAAUGUUAGUUCUGCACGAAAGGUGUUUGAAGAAAUGUCUAAACUAGAAAAGCAGACAAGAAAUGCAUGCACAUGGAGAGGAAAAGAAUGAAACCACAUAAUGGAUGAUCUCGCCUUACAAAACCAGUUGAGAAAUGGGCAUGGAUGCCCCAAAUUAAGAGCAGUUGAUAAGGAUUUAGGUGUUGAUAUGUACUCCAUAUUUUUGUAGUUGGCAUGUAAUGUUAGACUG